ACACCCACACUCACUCCCACACCCAAACACACACCCACACACACACUCACACUCACACCCACACCCAAACACACACCCACAAAAACACUCACACUCACACACACACUCACACACACACCCACACACACACUCACAACCACAGCCACAACAACACUCACACCCUCACUCACACCCACACUCACUCCCACACCCACAACCACACUCACACCCACAACCAAAAACACAAUCACACUCACAGCCACACUCACUACCACACCCACACUCACACCCGCACUCACACUCACACCCGCACCCACACCCACACUCACAACCACUCCCACACCCACACUCACACUGAUAUCCAAACCCACACCCACACACAGACCCACACACAAACUCACACUCACACCCGCACUCACACCCACACCCACAGUCACACCCACAACCACACCCACAUGCACACCCACACUCACACCCACACCCACACCCACACUCACACUCACACUCACACUCACAAUCACAACCUCACUCACAAUCACACUCACACCCACACCGACACCCACACUCACUCCCACACCCACACCCACACUCACACUCACACCCACACUCUCACCCACACCCACACCCACCCACAAAUCCACAUCCACACCCACAACCACACCCACACCCACACUCACACCCACACCCAAACCCAAAGACACACCCACAAACACAGUCACACUCACACCCACACCCACACACACACCCACACCCACACACACACUCACACCCAAAUCCACACCCACACCCACACUCACACCCACACUGACACCCACACCCACACUCACACCCACACCCACAACCACACCCACACCCACACUCACUCCCACACCCACACUCCAACCCACAACGACACCAAGAACCACACCCACACCCUCACCCACAUCCACGCCCACACAAACACCCAGACACACACACACACUCACACCCACACCCAAUCUCACACCCACAAUCCCACUCACACUCACACCCACACUCAAACCCACACCCACACACACACUCACACCCACACCCACAACCACACUCACACCCACACUCACACCCACACUCACUCCCACACCCACAACCACACUCACACCCACAACCAAAAACACAAUCACACUCACACCCACACUCACUCCCACAGCCACACUCACACCCACCACACAAACACCCACACACACACCCACACUCACAACCACACCCACACUCACACUGACACCCAAACCCACACCCACACACAGACCCUCACACAAACUCACAAUCACACCCGCACUCACACCCACACCCAAACUCACACCCACAACCACACCCACAUGCACACCCACACUCACACCCACACCCAUACCCUCACCCACAACAACUACACCAAAAACCACACCCACGCCCACACCCUCACCCACACCCACACCCACACCCACAAUCACACUCACACCCACACUCACACCCACACCCACACUCUCACCCACACCCACAACCACACCCACACCCACACUCACUCCCACACCCACACUCCAGUCCACAACCACACCAAGAACCACACCCACACCCACACCCUCACCCACACCCACGCCCACACAAACACCCAGACACACACUCACACUCACACCCACACCCAAACACACACCCACAAACACACUCACACUCACAACCACACUAACACCCACACCCACACAAACACUCACACCCACACUUACAACCACACUCACACCCACACUCACACCCACAUUCACACCCACAAUCACUCCCACACCCACAAUCACACUGACACCCACAACCAAAAACACAAUCACACUCACACCCACACUCACUCCCACACCCACACUCACACCCACACUCACACUCACACCCACACCCAUACCCACACUCACAACCACACCCACACCCACACCCAAACUCACACCCAUACCCAUACUCAUACCCACACCCACAACCACCCCCACACCCACACUCACUCCCACACCCACACUCCAAUCCACAACCACACCAAGAACAACACCCACACCCUCACCCACACCCACGCAAACACAAACACCCAGACACACACUCACACUCACACCCACACCCAAACACACACCCACAAACCCACUCACAGUCACAACCACACUAACACCCACACCCUCACACACACUCACACCCACACCCACAACCACACUCACACCCACACUCACACCCACAUUCACACCCACACUCACUCCCACACUCACAACCACACUGACACCCACAACCAAAAACACAAUCACACUCACACCCACACUCACUCCCACA